AUUCAGCCACACCAGAAAAAUGCAACGAUAUAGUAUCUAAACAAAAGGAUGACGGAUCUUUUGAAAUUAGUGAGACGAUCUGUGAAGAAAUAGAAAUUCCUGUUGAUGUAGUACCUGUAGUAAAGAAAUGUACACAAAACGAGAAACUUAAAUCACCCGAAUCAGAGCCGUGGUGGAAAACAGCACUUGCUCUUAGUUACCUUAAAAUCGCUGCACCACAUCAUAAAAAACUAUGGGAAGAUAAAUCCAAAAAAGCCCGUGAUUAUCUUUCUAAACAAAUCGGAGAUAAAGAUGCUAAGGAAUUAUUAGAUUGCACUGAUAAAUAUGUAGUUGAUAAUGUCACUAAGAAGGUUGAUAAAGAUCAUAAGAAAGCCGCUGCACUUCCUCUAGUUCAAGAAUCAGCUUCUCCUGAGAAAUGUGAAGAAAUUGUGUCUAAACAAAAAGAUGACGGUUGUAUUGAAUUGGAUGAUUCAGUGUGUAACGAAUUAGAUACUCCUAAAGAAAAUAUUAUUAACACAAUUCAAAGGAACGUUAAAAACGAUAAACUUAAAACACCCGAGCGUAAAUCAAGUCUUGAAACUGCCGUUAAUCUUGCAUACCUUAAGAAAGCCGCAUCCCAGUAUGGAGAUUUAUGGAAUGAUAAAUAUAAUAAGGCUCGUGAAUAUCUUUCUAAACAAAUUGGAGAUAAAAAUGCUGAAGAGGAAUUAAUAAAAUGUGCCGAUGAUUACGUAGUUGAUAAAGCAACAGACAAAGUUAUUGAAGAAAAGAAACUUGAA